AUCGCAGGCAGAGCGCCACGUGUUUGUUGUUGUUGCUGCUGCGGCUGCGGCUCCACGUGGCGCCGGGAGGCGUCAGUGGCACCCCGGGGCUGCUCGUUUCCUCCUCCUCCUCCCUCCGUCUUAAUCAUUGAAGCGAGGGUCUUGGCUUUGUCAUCCCCAACAACUCACCCUUAACUCUGUGCUUAACACGAACCCCCAGCACGAACGGCUCAUACUUAACGCUCGCCUGCAAGCUAUCCUAUACGCUAACAGUAACACAACCUUAGCCUUAAACUUACUCUCAUAGUCCUAACACUAACCUCUGCACGCUAGCCUUGGCCAUAAACCUACCCUAACCCUGGUCCUUAGCUAGCCAUAAGACCACUGACUCUUACCCCAUCUCCAACCCUGGCAGUCAAUUGAUCGACUUCUCGACCCGGCCCUCAGGCGACUGGGGUUCAGGCACAACAGACGAUGGGAGAUUGGGCUCCCAUGUCAUCCAAGCACGCGUUGGUGUUGUCGCUGGCUUUCCUGCCCCUACUAGUGGGACAACAUUCAAGCUGUGCACAGGAUCAUCACGACCCACAGGACCAUCACAAGAACCCACAAGAUCCUCACCACAACCCACAACAUCCUCACCACCACUACGACUCGCAGGACGCGCACGCAUUCGAGCCCAACUCUGCGCUCUCCUCACUUCAUCUCGACGGCUCCGUGCAGGUGGUCGGCACGUACCAUGGCCCGGGGAACACCGAUAGACGUAAGAACACGGAGAUACCAUUGCUGCUCUGGUGGCACGAUGCCAUCUUCCCGCACUUUCCCGGGGACAGCGAGCGCAUCGACUGCCCGCUCGGCUCCUGCAUGGUCACCAAGAACAAGAAGGUGCAGCUGUACAAGCGCACCAAGGCCAUCCUCUUCUAUGGUACGGACUUCCGCGCCUACGAGGCGCCGCUGCCGCGCCUACCCCACCAGACGUGGGCGCUCUUUCACGAGGAGUCGCCGAUGAACAACUACCUCCUGUCGCACCUGCCCGCGAUGCGCCUCUUUAACUAUACGGCCACGUUCCGCCGCAACUCCGACUACCCGCUGUCCACGCAGUGGCUGCCCAGCCUGGCCUACCUGCGCCGGCCCGCCGUACCGCUAGCAGAGAAGAACAGGCUGCGGCGCGAGGAGGGCCGCGCCGCCGUGCUCUAUCUACAGUCGCACUGCGAAGUGGCGUCGGACCGCGACCGCUACGUCGGCGAGCUCAUGAAACACAUCCAGAUCGACUCGUACGGAAAGUGCCUGAACAACCGCGAGCUGCCGAGCGAGCGACUUUCCGACACGCAGACGGCCAUCACAGAGGACAAGGAAUGCCUGGCACUGCUCGCCGGAUACAAGUUCCACCUGGCGUUUGAGAACGCGCUGUGCGGCGACUACAUGACGGAGAAGCUGUGGCGGCCGCUGCACCUGGGCAGUGUCCCCGUGUACUGGGGCGCGGGAGACGCCGGCGACUGGCUGCCCGCGUCGCCCUCCGCCGUGCUGGUGGACGACUUCGCGACCCCGCACGACCUCGCCCAGUUCCUGCUGAGGCUGGACGCAAACGACACGGAGUACCUCGAGUAUCUGAAGUUCAAGAAGCCCGAUGGGAUCACCAACGGUUUUCUCGCGUCGACGAUGGAGGCGCGCGAGUGGGGCGUCAACGACCUCUCCAAGCCCAACUACCUCAACGGCUUCGAGUGCUACGUGUGCAACGCCGUCAAUGAGCACGGGCGCGCCGUGCGGGCCCACCGCGCCGCCCCGCAAGCGCAUGCCGCCCCUCGGCCUCGCUCCGCCAAGAACGACCACCUGGGCUGCCCUGAACCGAGACCGGGAUAUGGCAGCCUUGACGAUAUCCCCGAAGACGACUUAUGGAGAGAGCAGUGGCUGGCGGACUACUGGCAAAGUCUGGAUCAGGCACACGCUCUGGAGGCCAUGAUCCUCCACAACGAGACAGACUCCUCGCGUCUCUGGGACUACAUGCCUGGCCGGCUGGAUGGCAGUACUAGCUAACAGCCCCAGGCUACACCAGUUGAACUUAAACAAGUCAUGCAUGGAUCCUGUAACGCUGUCUAACUUGCAUACGUUCUGAGAAAUAGUAUUUAUCUAGCAAUAAUGUUACCUUACUAGCCACGACGAGAUCACACGGUGGGUGAUGUCGCGAGAUGGCGUUGCUCAGUGACAUCACGGGCAGCAGAAUGCAUUUUUUAUAUUGCUAUUUUUUUGGUUGUCAUCCCUUUGAUAAAAUGUGCCCUGUUUUCUGUAGGGCAAUUCCCUAAUAGUAACACAACUUUACACUAAAGAUAUUACUGGUAGGAACCUCCUGGUUACACCAACCCACAGGGGAUUAUUGUGUCCGUCCGU